AUGGAAGGAUUGGUCUCGACAUAUAAGCCGACGAUCAGCGGACAGACACAAGAGGACAGUCCCGUACAGAAUAUGAAUAUAGAGCUGAUUAUCGCUCGGGUUAUAGUGAAUGAUAGGGCGAGCGCUGAGGCCAUGAACGCGGCCGUCAUCUGUUUGGACGGCGAAUGUGGCCGAGAACUGGAAGAAUGCCGUCUCCUGUCCCGCUUUGUUGUGGCCGUCGGUGUCGUCGCUUCGGUCACCAACUGUUCUGACUCUUCAUCCGAGUCGACUAAGAAAAUGAGUGCCGAUAUAACGGCAGUCAUCGCCGCUAUAGAGUACGAGUUGGCUUUUGAAUGUGUCGUCCGUUUGAUUGCCGUAUGGCUCGGAGAGAAUGGGACCCAAUAUGGAUCCGAUGCCGAAGAAGAAGUGCAACGCUUGCAUAUAAGGGCCGCCAUCUGUGCCCCAGAUUUCAUUGACCCAAACGUUAACAGUUGUGUCGAUGCCAGCGGUGAAGAAGCCGUUGGCCACAGCGUUGCCAUAGAAUUGAUAGACAUUACGCCAGUGCGGCACAGAUGCUAUUGUGCACGACUUGAGUAUCAAUAUUAUUAUUAA